UUUGGGUUGUGUUUUUGCAAGCACGGUGCCCAGGACAUUGUCCAAUAAAUGAUAAGAUGGCGGCGCGUCUCAAGACUCGAGCAGAGUUCUUGCUGCUGAUAAUUUUUGCAGUUUUGAAUCCAAUUAAGUCACAAUAUACGCCAGACUGGCCGAGCAUUGAUGCCCGGCCGCUACCUGCCUGGUACGAUCAAGCGAAAAUUGGGAUAUUCAUCCACUGGGGGGUUUACUCGGCCCCAGCAAAAUCCAACGAAUGGUUCGGUGCGGAGUGGUUUGAAUGGGCGUAUAUUUCCGGACAAAAUUAUCCUGGUGAUGGCGGCACCCCUGGGGACCCACCCGGACCUGGAAGUCCAGCGUUGAUUGAGUUUAUGCAAAACAAUUACCCACCUGGAACCACGUACCGGGAUCUGGCUCAAGACUUAACUGCGGAAAGUUGGAAUCCUGACGAGUGGGUGACACUUUUCCAGAAUGCUGGUGCCAAGUAUGUCGUCUUGACGUCGAAGCAUCACGAAGGAUUUACGUUGUGGCCGUCCGCUUACUCUGACCCCAAUUGGAACUCGGUGGACAAUGGGCCACAUAGAGAUCUCGUGGGUGACUUGGCUGCUGCUACGCGACGUGGUGGACUUCGUUUCGGACUCUAUUAUUCUCUCUGUGAGUGGUUGCAUCCGUUGUGGCUACAAGAUAAGAGGAGUGGCUUCUCAAGUAACAGAUUUGUGGAGGAAGUAACAAUGCCCAAGCUUUAUGAAGUGGUUAACCAAUAUCAACCUGACGUAGUAUGGUCAGAUGGUGAGUGGUCGCAUGAUUGGUACUGGAAUUCUACAACAUUUCUUGCUUGGCUGUAUAACGAGAGCCCAGUCAAAGAUUCAGUUGUGGUCAACGACAGGUGGGGCUGGGACACUACAAACACACACGGUGGCUUCUAUUCCGGUCAAGAUCGAUGGAACCCUGGAGUACUCCAGCCACACAAGUGGGAAAAUUGCUUCACACUUGACAGAUAUUCUUGGGGAUUCCGAACCGACAACCGUUUUGAGGACUACAUGAGACCAGAGGAGAUUAUCUCUACUAUGGUUGAGAGUGUGUCUUGUGGAGGAAAUGUUCUUAUCAACGUUGCCCCGACAAGGAAUGGCUCGAUUCCGCUUAUCGAACAGCAACUCCUUGGCGAGCUGGGUGAGUGGUUGGGUAUCAAUGGAGACGCGAUUUACAGCAGCGUCCCGUACGAGGUGCAGGAAGAUGUCACGACGGAUGGCGUGUGGUACACAAGCAACGCACUAGAAACUGUAACUUACGCAAUUGUCACCAGAUUGCCCACGGAGGACACUCCACGUAUCCAGCUUGGCUCGAUUCCCUACGCAGCAGGGAUGACGAUUCAACUACUCGGAAAUCAAGGAAAUUUGGAGUACUCGUGCAGAAUACCGUGCAAUGAUAACCCUGGAAUUACUGUCGUAUUGCCCCCGCAGAAUCAAAUUCGGUCCAAGUACGCAUGGACGUUGGUCAUCACACGCUAGAUAUAAUCGAGCAUAAUAUCCUAAAUAAAUUACGAUGGACUGAUGUCAGUAUAAUAAAAUUUUAUAUCACCAAAUAC